GAGUGCGAAAUGUAAACACUCGUCGUCGGAUAUUUACGUCCAUUAAUUAACCGAAACGUUUGUGUUGUUACAGUCGUUUGUUGGCGUGCGAAAAUGUGAUCAACCGUAGUGUUGUUCGCCGUACAAGUCCAUCGUGAUAUUAGACGUACGAACACGGACAUGAGUUCUGGGUUUGUCUCGGAAACCGAGUUGGCCGAGCGGCGCAGGAUUCGACAGGAAGAAUGGGACAAAGUCAGAACCGCCGAACAGCCUGUGGAGGUGCCUGAAGAGCAGUACGAUCACCGAUCGCUGUUUGACCGAUUGGAAGAGCAACGCCGGAAGAAGGAGUACGAAUAUGAAGAAACUCAUAAACUCAAAAACAUGAUAAGAGGUCUGGACGAUGAUGAAGUUGGUUUUCUCGAACUGGUUGAUAGGACGAAGAUGGCUGAAGAAAGACGACAACUUAUGGAAGAGACUAAACAGAUUGAAGAAUUUCGUUCCAAAGUAUCAACCCUACAAUGUGAUUCUACUGUAUCUCCAUUAGUGACUGCAAUUCUUCCUAAACCGUCUGUAUUAAAAACUAAUGUAGCAAGAAAAACUCAAAGUAAACUACUAGCAGGUGCAAUCGUAAUGAAAAGAACAUCUGACGAAAGUUUAAAUCCAUCAAAAAAACCAAAACUGACUGUAAAUCAUGCUAAAAAGCCAUCAGAUGAGAAAACAGGGGAAACAAAGUCUGUUGUAUUACCAGGUCUUGCAUACUCAGAUAGUUCUGAUAGCGAUGAUGAUACUUUACCUAGUUCCUCAAAAUAAAAUCUGUCUGUCUGAUUAUCUACUGUUAUAUUAGCUUUAAAGUUUGUAAUAAUUAUCUAUGAUUAUUAUUUAUUGUUAUUAUUACAUUAUUUCAAUUAAAUGAG